AUGCAAAACGAGCAACAACAACUUAAUUCAUGGGCCAAAAUCUCCGUUAUGGGCAAAAACUUAGAUUACCCAGGACAAAUCGACAACUACGUCAAGACUCAUAGAUACAACAUCUUAAAUUUCAUUCCACUUACAUUAUUCGAAAACUUCAGGAUUGUUGCCAACGAUUACUUCUUAUUUAUUCUUGUCAUAUGCUGUCUUCCAUAUUCUCCAGUUGAAUGGGUUUUCCAACUCAUCCCAUUAUCCUUCGUUUUGCUCGUUUCAAUGGUAAAAAGCGGUAUUGAAGAUUACUUAAAGUUCAGAGAAGACCAAACAAAAAACAAUACUCAGUAUUUCGUAUAUCAAAACAACAAUUGGGAAGUUACAAAAUCAUCAGCCAUUCGUAUUGGUGAUCUCGUCAAAAUCAAAAACGACCAAAUGAUUCCCUGCGAUUUAUUAUACGUCUGCUCAUCAAAUAACGAUGGAAUAUGCAACUAUUCCGAGGCAAAUCUCAAUGGAGAAACAGCUGUUAAAACGAUGGCUGAUCUUCCAAUAUUCAACAAAACAGAUAUCAUAAAUGAUCCAAAAUCAUAUGAUGUUUGGAAUAUAGAACUCAACGAACCAUCAAGAUCUUUAAAUUCAUUUUAUUGCCGAUUAAUAAAAGGCGAAGAAAAGUUCUCGGCUUCAAUCAACAACAUAUUAUUACGCGGUAUGACACUGAAAUACACUGAUUGGGUAAUAGGUGUUGCGAUCGCUACAGGAGCCGACACAAGAGUCAUGCAAAACUCACGCGUUCCACCCGCUAAACUUACAGCUUUCGAUUACAGCGUGAAUAAAGCUGUAAUUUUGAUUUUUGUUUUGAUGUUAUUGAUCGUAGUAGCAAUCUCGAGUUCGUGCGUUGCUUUCGAAUUUGCUGGUUCAUUUAAUGUAAUUGAUGACGUUCUUCCAUCAAUUGGCAUUAGUUUUCUUCAAUCAAUUUUGCAAUAUCUAAUUAUUUUCUCUUAUAUGAUCCCGAUCUCAUUGAUGGUGAUUAUCGAGAUCCUCAGGUUUUGGAUUGCUAUAACGAUUCACGUUGAUCAGGACAUGCAUGAUGAUGAAAUGGGAGAUGCAGUUCCACACAACUCAAACAUGCUUAUCGACAUGGCUAAGAUCAAUUUUGUCCUCACAGACAAGACAGGAACACUCACAGAGAACAAAAUGAACUUAGUUUCUUUUGUUGAUCAUUCUGGAGUUCAUUCUCAGUAUUUCUCGCAGUUUUCCGCUGAAGAUAAGGAGAAAAGCGCUGAUAUGUUACUCAGUUUUGUCCUUAAUAACUCUGUAAUUGUCUACAAUUCUCCAAAUGGAAUUGAAUACAACGCAGAAUCCCCUGAUGAAGCAGCUUUCGUCAAAUUCGCUUCUGAAUGCAACUGGGUUUUGAAAGCAAGAAAUCCAGCAAGAAUUGCUAUUGAAGUUAAUGGAGUUUACCAAGUUUAUGACAUAAUUGCUGUUUUCCCAUUCAAUUCAACAAGAAAGAGAAUGACAGUUGUUGUCAGGAAACAGGGCGAAGAAGGUCUUUUAGUUCUGACUAAAGGAGCUGAUAACAUCAUCUACCCAAGAUGCAGAGAAGUAUAUUUCAGACAGGAGCUUAAUGAUUAUGCAAUCAGUGGCUACAGAACUCUUGUUUUCGCUAUGAAAGAACUUUAUGGAGAAGAAAAACAGAAAUUCAUGGAAAAUUUGAACAAAAUCACUCUUUCUAUGGACAAAGUUGAUGAGAAAUUGUUAGAAUUCGCUGAAUCUGUUGAACAAGACUUAGAAUGCAUUGGAAUUACAGCAAUUGAAGACAAAUUACAAGAAGGAGUUCCAGAAACAAUCGAAUGGCUAAGAAGAGCAGGUAUCCAUGUUUGGGUAUUAACAGGAGAUAAGCUCGAAACAGCAAUUGAAAUUGGAAAAACAUCAAAAGUUAUCCCACAUGGUUCAGAUGUUUUGAUUUUAGGUAACAGUGACAAAAUCGUUACAUCAUUAGACCUUGGAAGAUACAUUGAUGAGUUUGACAACUUCAAUGAUCCUGUAUUAGUCAUUACAGAGGAAGUUUUGGAAUUCUGCUUAAGUAAUCAGUCUUAUCUCUUCUUCAAGCUGGCAAUGAAGUGCAAAUCUGUCAUCUUUUCAAGAGUCUCUCCAUACAUGAAGGCUAAGAUUGUUAAUUUGGUCCGAACAAGAAAUAAUGCGAUCACAUUAGCAGUCGGAGAUGGGGCCAACGAUGUCGGAAUGAUCCAGGAAUCAUCAGUUAGCGUCGGAAUCUUCGGUCGUGAAGGAACACAGGCUGCUCAAAUGAGUGAUUUCGCAAUUCCAAAGUUCAGACACUUACAGAAGCUUAUCGGUGUUCACGGCCAUUGGACCCUUCAUAGACUAUCCUAUGUAACGAUGAUGAUGCUUUACAAGAAUUUUGCCUUCGAAUGCAUCUUAAUUUGGUGCUAUUUCAACAACUUGGCCUCUCCAUCAUCGUUCUUUGAUGGUUUCCUUAUGACAUGCUUCAACUUAAUCUUCUCUUUCAUUCCUGUUAUUGUUUUCGGAUUAUUUGACAAGGACAACAGAAGCUCAGACUUAAUUGAUCAUCCAGAGCUUCAUGGAACAUACAAGAGUCCAUUGGAAUAUUCUCAGUUGACUUAUUAUUUAAUUCUCGGAAUUGUCCAGUCUGCGAUCAUUUAUGCCAUUCUUACGUUCUCAUGCCCAGAUUUAUCCAUGAUUGGCACUGGAACAUUGAACUAUGUCACUCUUGUUAUUGUUAUUUCAGUCCAAAUUGCAUUUUGGUCAAAUGACUGGAAUGUUUAUGCCAUUAUCCUUGAUUUGCUAUCUGUAGCCAUUAUGUUUGGUGUUCUUCCAUUAUACGGCUACUUAAUUGAUUCAAACUUCUAUGGAAGUGUUUUAGAGAUUUAUACACGUUUCGAUUGCUGGAUGGGAAUGAUUUUGGCAUCGAUUAUCUCGUUGUCUAUCUCAUUCCUUGUUGAAUUCUCUUUAAGAAUCUUAAAGCCAUCCUUGUGCCAGCUUGUUCACGAAAACGAGAACUCACAAGCUGUUUCCUGCGAUACUUCUGAUAUGGAUCCAGCACUUUAA